AUGAGGUUAAUUCUAUUUUUACUUGCAACUCUAAUCUGCUAGCAAACCAAAUAGUUCCAAACAAUCACUUCAUCCAGAUAACUUUAAACAGCCUGUCCUUCGCUAUCAUUCCUUGAGAGUUAUUCUACUGCUUACAAAGCGGCAACCUUUGUAAUUAAUCCUACUAUCAAUACAAAUUGUGGAACCACAGGCAAGACUUUUAAUGUUACAUCUGGUGAAUUUAACUUAGCUGGUCUAAGUUUUAAUGCCAAUACCAGAUAGAUAGUUAUUUCAGAUUGGUCCUAGUUUUAAGAUGCACAAUUCUAUACUAUUGAUUUCUCGCUCACUGUUUUUAACACUUCUAAUCCUCAAUAAAUAUUGACCUUAAAAGACAGCUUUUAUCUUAACAUCGGAGCUCAAAAUUUAUAAUAUCAAUCUUUAGGAGUUAGAGUAUUUUAAUACUAUGAUACUAUACCUAUAGAUUACAGCACAGCUUUUGAUCCUUAAUAACCUGAAACAGGUUGGGCGUUUGACUAUGAAUAUUCAAUAAAUGCUACAAUUUAGAAUAAAAAUACAAACUUCUUUAAGACUUCCAUUGAUAGACUCGUAGUAUACUAAGAACCUCCUGAGUAUUCAAAUGCUCCUAUAGAUUGCGUGAAUUUAACUAUUAACAUCAGAAAUCUGAAUUAUACCAUUGCAAGAGAGUCUAACAAGGUAACUAGAAUCUUUUAUGAUAACUUGAAUUUCACCGAUUUAAGGUUGCUUUCUCCUACUGUUAAUUUGAAUUAAUGCAGCUUCCCAAAUGCUGUGAGCACUAUUACCUCAAUAAACUAAAAUAACAAGCCUUUAUUUGUUAACCCGAGAACCUUUACUUUUAAUGGCACUGAUGUUGUAAUAUCAAGAAAUUAACUUAAAACAGUUCUGAUGUCAUACCCUAAUUUGAGUUCAAUUCAAGUUGACAGAGAUAAAGUCUUAUACAUUGAUGCAAGUGCUUCAUACGAUACUAGAAAGUAGAGCUUUAAAUUUGUAUGGAAAAUAGAGGGCUACCCAAGUGUAACAUUGCCUGACUAGAGAGUUUUGACCUUAACUCCAGAAUAGAGAGAAACUAUAGGAAUAAAUAAAGCAGGAAAAUACUAUAACUUUAUUCUUUACAUCAUAGAUUCAACUAGAGCCAGUUCAGAGGCCAAAAUACGAGUUUAAAUUACUCCUGAGCCUGAUCCUUUAGGUUGCUACCAAGUGAGCUUGAAAGACAUUGAUCUUGAGACUAUUAUGACAUACACAAUUUUUCCGCUCAUCCUUUAGGCGAAGGUAACAGACAAGAAAUGUGCCAAUUCGAGACUAAAUCAGAUAGUCUGGGCGAGUUCAUCAAUAGAUUAUAUUUUUUGGCAAAACUUUGGAAAUGUCAAUACUAUACUGAUUGAUCGUGACACACUAAAAACACUGCCCAAAAAUAUCAAUAUCUAUAUGUCGGUGACAGUUUUGUAUGUGAUAGGAGACACAGAGUAUCUCGCUAAGAAAUCAUUCACAUUACUAGUUUAAAAGCCUGAUCUCAUCCCAGUAGUUUCAUACUAGUCAGUAAUUAACAUAAAUGAGCAAAAUGUUACUCUAGAUGGAACAGCAUCUUAUGAUCCACAGGCUGUUGUUUCUGGUACAACUGACAUCCCUGUUGUUUGCAAAUGGAUCUGCCCAGAAGCAAUUCAGUCAAUAUGCUAUCAAGCAGAAACAACUGUUAACAACUGCAAAUUCAAUCUUAAGAGCUCAGUGAUACUUGCACUAAGUAAUUAUUAAGGGGUAGUUAGAAAUCAGGCACAUCUUUUUACUCUUAAUAUAACAAAGGACUCGCGUGUAAACUAAGGCUUUUACUAUAUAACAAUAAUCGAUAAUAAUAACCAACCGAAAUGCAGUAUUAAUUUCAUCAGAAACUUUACAAUUUCUCAAACUGCAUUUAUCUAAGCUAAUUGCCCAAUACAGACCUAGCCUUUUACAUUUUCAUGGAAUUUCUUUAACUGGGCGGAUAAGGUCAGAAUUGCUACUAUCAAUGAUAAAUUAGUAACCAGCAAUUAAAUUAUUAGAAUCCCACCUUUCGUACUAAGCUCUUACCAGGAGAUACUUAUUAUAGUUACAGUUACUAAUGGUUUAUUUUAAACACCUAUAGCACUGUACAAGCCUAUUAAUGACCAAACUUAAUUUGUACAGGGCUCGCUUACAAAAAAUUUCAAUCAAUUUACUUCUUAUUUGGCUAACUUCAUUCUUACUCCCGCUAAUUGGGACUCAACUGUUUCAAGUAAACUAGAAUUUCAAAUGAGGAUCAAAUAUUCUGAUUCACCUGUCCCACUGUACAAAGUCUUACUAUCUCCAUCAUAUGCAAUAGCUAGCAAGCCAAUUUAGACUAUAUUACCUCCUAUUAAUUAUGAAAACAACAUAUAUUUUGAUGUUGUUGAUUCUGAUAGAAAUUUCAUGACUUUAAAGCAAAAUAUAAUCUCUAUUCCCGAUGUAUUAAUCACAGCUAGUACGUUUUACACAAGAGUAGAUGCAAUUGUGUCAGACAUCAUUUAUAAUUUUGAUGAACAGGCAUUUGAACUUAUAAUUAUCAGGUUAAUGCUCUAUUACUAGGCAUUUAGGCAAGAUCAGAUCGAUUUGUAAGGUGUCCAAGCCUCCUAUUUCAAAAGCAUGAGUGAAAAGACUGUUAACUAUCUUUAUAACACAGUGCUAAUAGACAAGAGACUAAGUAGCAUAACUUCUAAGGAAAGACUAAUCCUGGUUAAAUAAAACAUUAUAGAACUUCUAAGUCAUGUUGUGUUUAAAAAUCCAAACAUUAACAAUGGAAAUAACUUAGUUUAACUGCUAAAUGCGAUUGUAAGUUCAGGAGAAUUCUAUCUCACAACAUUACUUCCAGAUGCAGCUACCAAAGUAUACUAAAUAAUGAUACAGCUAAGUGAGAAUUAGUAUUUUUCCCUUGGAGAAUCUAUAUUACAAAGAGUUUAAAGCGAGCUAUAAUUCUACUAUUAUUCUGAUGAGACUGUUUUUUAUAAUAAUGCUGGUUAUUAAUUGGUAUUUUAUGAGAUACCUUCAAACCCUGUAAAUAUCCCAACAAUUGAGAGCUUCAGUUACCCAUAGGCUUUAUUAGUAAAUUCUAAGUUCGUUGGAGGAAGCUUCUUUCUUAUCAGAAAUGAUAGUUCAGUUUCAGUCACUGUUUACGAUAGCAAGUCUUUGGUUUAAUUGAUUCAGGGUCUUUCUUAGCCAGUUUAUGUCAAUUUCUAGCUUUCUUAAGACUAAAUGAAAAAGAAUUCAUCUUCUCUUUUGACAUUCUUCUGCGCAUUUAGAUCAGAUCUGUCCAAGUCCUGGUCUUCAGCUUCAAAUUAAAUUAGUUUUGUGAGCUACACUAAUGCCACAGGAGUUGUGAGAUGCAAAUCAAAUAGCUUUGGACAUUACACACUCUUCAUAAUCGAUCUAAGUAAAUAGUAAACAGAUGUUGUAAUAAUACCAAACAAAACUGACAACUAAACAAUUGAUGGGAAAUGGAAUGAUACAAUAGCAAAUGAUAAUAACACUUAGAGUACUGAAGAUUCUAAAUAUGUCUACUACUAAGAAAAAACUCUUUUUAUGAUUCUAGCAAUUCUCACUCUAGUGAUAUUUGUAAUAUCAAGCUAUGUCUUAUAUGCAAAGUAUAAAGAUGAGCACUAAGAGCUAAACGAAAAUCAAACAGAUGAUCUUUUUGAGAUAUGCAUAACUUAAACAGCAGCUAAGAAUAGAUGUCGAUUAUUCUUGAGGAUCAUUCAAAACUUCAAUCCUUACAUCAAUCUGUUUCUAAUUUACAAUAAGUUCCUUAAACGAUGGAUAAGGAAUAGUCUUCUGCAAAUAUACUUCAUGUCUGUAUCCAUAAUUUUUGCAGUUAAUUAGUAUAUGCUUUCAGAUAAUAUGUCUGAAUUGGGCUAGCAAAAUCCAGAAGAAUUAAUCAUUCUAUUCAUAAUUACUGUUAUUAUUGUUCUAUUUGGGAGACCCUAGGCAAUAAAGCUGAUGUAUAUGCUACUUUAUGAACCAGACUCAAAAGUAGAAGAUUUUGAUUAUGCCACAACAAGCAUAGAAAUAAAUCAUAAACAUGAUAAUUAGCUUAAAAUGAUUUCCUUUGAUCCCAAGGAUGAUGACUUUGAAAACAAGAAUUUAAAAUUAAUUACUUUACCAAAAUUAUUUGAUCUGGAAGGUAACUCAACAAUGCUAAAGCAAUAUGAAAGUUCUGGAAUUGCUGAGAGCAAAAGAUCAGAUUUAAGCAGUAUUGUGAAUGUCAAGCAAGACAAUGUUUAAUUUGUUAGAAACUAAAGUUAAGAGUAAUCAAAUCCAUCUCACCCAGAUGUAAUCCCUCAUUUUCAAUCAAGAGAGUCUAAUGCCAAGUACACUUCUAGAAGCAAAAACUCUUCAUCAAGCAAGAAAAUGAAAAUGGAUACUUAAUAGGAUUAAUAUCUAGGAUAGAUUUCAAUGUAGCACAGACAAUUAAUAUCUGAACAGCCUAGUCAAGAAGAGGAAGAAUCUAAAUUAUAAGAAGAAAAGCUUCAAAGAAGUAUCUCAUUUGAGCAUAAUAAAUAAGAUAAUAAUCAAGAUAAUGAUCUAGGAAAUGCUGGUGGAUUCCAUCUACCUGACAUUAAUGUUGGACCGAAAUACCAAAAAGGCAUGUUUGAUGAUGACGACUUUAAUCUAAUGGACUAGCCUCAGAGCAUCGUUCAAUAAGAUAGUAAUCCAACCUAAGAUAAUAUUUUUGGAUUUUAAAACCAAUAUGACAUUCAGAUGUCUGCCCCAGAUAGAAAUUACUUCUCAGAAUAUAAUUAGUUAAAUAACAAUUAAGAGCAUGAAGAAGGCGAGGAAAAUAACAGCUAGUACAAUGACUUUUAGCAUCAUUAUGAAGGAGGGGAGUAGGAAAGCAAACUUAAAGACAUAGAUGACAAUGUCUAGAGUGAUGAUGGUAAUGGGCUAAAUAGAAGUGGAUCAGCUGAUGAGCAAGCAGAGUCUAUUUAAGAAGUAACUAACGUCAAUCACACUUUAAACCUUAGAAAUGAUAGUGAGCAUCACAAUACUGAAUUCCUGAAGGAGUAACCUUUGAGUAUGGUGAGGAACAGCAAUUCUUUAAGGUAGAGAUAAUUAAUAGAAGGCCCAUCACAGCCAAUACCUCACUAGGAUUCUAUAAGAAGUGACUAGUACUAAGAAGAAUGUCAAUUAAUUGACUAAAAUAAAAAGCUAUUCAUUAACAAAAUUAUCGGGAAAUGGAUUCUGUUCAUAAUAUGGGGCGGCUUAGGAAUUGCGAAUCUAUUUUGUAUUUAGAAAAUGACGAAGCAGCACUUCCUUGAGUGGAUUUCCUUCUCACUUGUGACCUUUUUCCUCAUGAUAUUUGUUAUAGAUUCAAUCUUGUACUUCUUACUAUCUCAACUUAUGAUCAAAUCUCAAAAUUCCAGAAAAAUUCAAUACUACUCCAGAAGAUAAAAUAAAGUCACUUGCGGUCAAGUAUUCGUAAUACUGUUCAUUGGCAAGGAAAAGAUGAGAGAUCUUAGGAGAAACUUGAACCCUAUCAAAAGAUAAUCUUAGUAAGUUCAAGUUGCUACUAGCAAAUGA